GUGUUUUUUCUGAAAACAAAAGGUAGUUUUUCCAAUUCUUGAAAAACCAAUUACGAAAAAGAUUCGGCUGACAUGAUACGAAGUUAUAUAAAAGUUGGCUGGAUAUAUAAACGCAGUUUUUUAUUCGGAUAUGAUAGUGUUGAGUAGCAAAUUCAAAACAAUUAAUAUUUAUGUUCGCACAUAUACACACAUCAUAUCGAAAGAAGUAAAUGCACUCAUAAUUCAGAGUUUAAUGAGAGAUUUCGUAAACCAGAAACAUUACUUCAGUUUAGUUUAUUUCUGGACCAAUAUUUACGCCGAGGAACAGAAAAGACAUGGUUAUUUUAGCACAUUGUUUCGUCGAGCUAGAUUCCAAUGUGAACAAAUCUCUGUACGACGAUGACCUUCAAGUAAAGUCAAUUUCAGAUGGAAUCGGAUCAUUGAUCAUGGCGUUUACAGGUGAUUCCAUUCACUCAGCAGGCUCCAACAGGCGCACUGUUCUAGAUGAUGCAUUCUUUGCUGAAGCGUUUGGUCUGCAAGACGACGAUGGUGAUGGAAUCCUCCACAUGGCUAUUAUACAAGAAGACACAGAGUUUGUACUCAAUAUGAUUGACCAAUUUCCUAUUGCAAGCCUAAUUAAUAUGCGAAACAACAUUUACCAAACGCCUUUGCACCUGGCUGUUGCAACGAACCAACCCGGCAUUGUGAAAAGUCUAAUCUGCGCAUGUGCAAAUCUCGGAUCUUGUGACAAAAAUGGCGACACGCCAUUACAUGUUGCAUGUAAAUAUGGUUACAUGGAAUGCAUCAAAGAACUUUUGCAUCCGCAUCUAUUGUGCGCUGAACGAAAGGAUUUGUCUGCAAGGAACUUCGAAGGUCUGACUUGCUUACACAUUGCUUUCACAAACAAUCACGUAAACAUUAUGGAAGCUCUCCUCGAAGCAGGUGUUGAUAUCAACCUUACGGAAGGGAAAACGGGAAGAACUAUACUUCAUAAUGCAUGCUUAAGCGGAAAUGUGAUUAUGGUCCGUUUGCUAAUUCGAUAUAAAGAUUGUAAUUUCGAUGCUUUAUCUUACGAUAGUCUUACGCCGUUUGAUCUUGCGUGUGUUCGAAACCACGAUGAAAUAACCAUGAUUUUGGCGGCUAUCGGCGCGCAACGUGGAACAGAUGUAAUUGAGUCUCGCUAUAAAUUCACAUACACUCCUAAACGUGAAUACGAAUGCAGUGCCCAACUGCAGCCAAGAAGUCCUGUGCCGUCUUGUUUCCCGACGCUACCUCCUCACAUAGGCGUUGCGUCUUCUUCUGAUGAAGAAGGGUCCCCUUCCGGACUCGCUUUGCUAACGGCUCCCCGUGUUCGUACCGGUACACCUCUGCUUCGGCCAAGGCGUUGUCCUACUGCAGACAUAACCAGCUGGCUCUACUGGUACCACGCCACGUUUCUUCCUACGGAUGGCCCGCUUCAGACUCUCCGUCUUGCCGAUAGCUGCUCGGACCUCAACCGGACGAGUGAUAAAACGUUUAUGUACGAUACUGACUUUCAAGUACGUUCGAUUUCGGAUGGAAUUGAAUCUUUAGCUAUGGCGUUAGAUUGUGAUUCCAUUCACUCAGCAGGCUUCGACAGGCGAAUUGUUCUAGAUGAUGCCUUCUUUAAUGAAGCGUUUGGUUUGCAGGACGACGAUGGCGAUGGAAUCCUCCACAUUGCAAUAAUACAAAAAGAUACAGAGUGUGUACUCAAUAUGAUUGAGCAAUUUCCUAUUGCUAACAUUAUUGAUAUGCAAAACAAACUUUACCAAACGCCUUUGCACCUGGCCGUUGCAACAAACCAACCCGGCAUUGUGAAGAGUCUGGUCGGCGCAUGUGCAAAUGUCGGAUCUUGUGACAAAAAUGGCGACACGCCAUUACAUGUUGCAUGUAAAUAUGGCUACAUGGAAUGUGUUAAAGAAUUUUUGCAUCCGCGUUCAUCGCUCGCUGAACGAAAGAAUAUGUCAGCAAGAAACUUCGAAGGUCUGACUUGCUUACACAUUGCUUCAACAAACAAUCACGUCACCAUUGUUGAAACUCUCCUCGAAGCGGGUGUUGAUAUCAACCUUACGGAAGGGAAAACGGGAAGAACUAUACUUCAUAAUGCAUGCAUAAGCGGAAAUGUGAUUAUGGUCCGUUUGCUAAUUAGAAAUAAAGAUUGUAAUUUCGAUGCUCUGGCUUACGACAGUCUAACGCCGUUUGACCUUGCGUGUGUUCGAAACCACGAUGAAAUAAGUAUGAUUUUGGCGGCUAUUGGUGCACAACACGGAACAGAUGUAAUUGAGUCUCGCUAUAAAUGACUCAACUACUAAAUGCUUUUGAGGUACGUCUUCUUACACGUCUGAUUAAUAUAAAAUACCCACUAUUGGUUUCAACCGAAAGAAUUGUGUAUGUUUUUCUUAUGUCGUUACAUGAACUUUUUCAGCUUUUGCCACAAAGCUGUUUAGCUAUUUUUAAAGGAGUUAUCGCUGCAUCAUAUAAUUAUAUUAAUCCGAAGUUAUUUCAUGAUACACUUGAAUAAAUGCGUCAUAUGGCAUUAUCUAGAUUUAUUAUCUAUAGAGAAUAUGACCUUUCAAUCGAAUGUAAAAUGCUCGAUUUUAUACUCGAGUAGUAGUGGUAAUUCGAUGUUAAUUAAGUUCUUCGCGCAUAGGACUUCAUUAUUUGAAUACCCGAAGUAAGUACCAGCCUUCCUUCCUACAAGCAACUAACUUGGUGGACAUUCAGAAGUUGUGGCGAGAUGUGAUUUGAAUUUUAAACAAGGUUUUUUAUCUGGAAUAUGUAGAUUCAAAAUGUAGAUUCAAAAAACGCUGACCUGUUUGAUCCGCCGAUUACAGUUUCGUUAAAAUAAAACGAUAUUAAUCUGUGGGUGUGAACUGCCGGAUUUUUCCCCAUCAGUCCAGCACGGUGAUUACACGGUGAUUACAAUCAAACCUCAACUUGUUCUAGGAUCGGGUAUUCAAACUGAUGAGCGAUAUUUUGUCCAGUCACUCUGAUAGCCGAACAACUCUUUUGAUUCAAUAAUAUUUGAAUUCAUGUGCGCGACGUGAUAUAAGCCAACAAAACAGUUUUGUAUGACGUCUAAAACGUGUUUAUAUAUUAGUUUUGCAUUAAACACGAAAUAUUGUGCGUUUUUAGAGUUGACCAUAACUCUUUCCAGUAAUGUGAUGUUAUUCAUGUACAUGUUUGAAAUAUUUGAACAGCUUUUCCUUCCAAUUAGCAGUCAAAUCCAGUGUUUUCAUCAUUGUCGGAGAUGAACACAUUGUUCGGUCGCUUACGUAUCAUUAACAUUCUGACAAGGCCAUUUCAAUGGACACAAUUCUAUUAUUUGAAAAAUCCUUUAUGUUUAUAUAUUGGUUUUGCGUUAAGUGAAUUCCUGGUUUUGUUAAAAAUGUCAUUGCUGAUGGUAUGCACAUUUCUACCUCGAAGAUGUAUACUUGGUAUUGUGUAAAUAAAAUCUUAAUUUGU